UUAUGGAACAGCAAAUGGAUUCUCCCGGUCGGGUGGGCUUCUCUAUCAUUAUAGAAGGAUGCGACGACUUUAUUCUGGCUGCACGUUUGUCCAUGGUAACCUGGAAAUAACGCACAUGGAGAGUAGAGGUGAUACGACCUUUGACCUUAGUUUCCUGGAAACCAUAGAAGUGGUAACCGGAUACGUUCUAAUCCUAAACAACGAUGCUGACGUCAUUCCGCUGACAAAUUUGGUUCAGAUAAGAGGGGAAAGCCUGUUUCAGUACAAGGGAAAUCACUACGCCUUCAGUGUAAUACUAUCACAGAAUAAGGGAGGUUUACAAAUGCCUUCUUUGAAAGAAAUAAAUGGUAAUGUUAUGAUAUCACACUGGUCUGUCUGCUUUACAAACACAAUUGAAUGGGAUGUACUGGCAAAAGGUUCGGUCACACAAAUCUACGAGAGAAAACCCGACGAUUGUGAUGAAUGCGAUGCUGCAUGUACGGAUGAGGAAGGAACUCGAAGAUGUUGGGGACCCGGGCCUGACCUCUGUCAGACUGUAAACCGGAUGGAAUGUGCCUGGUUUUGCCAGAAUGGUACUUGUUUUGAGGAGGGCAUGCUGGGAUGUUGUCAUCCGGAAUGUCUCGGCUGCAAUGAUGGGUGGAUAGACACGGCGUGUGAGUACUGCCGGCACUACCGUUACCAGGGACACUGCAUCCCAAACUGCCCACCGGAGACCUUCCCCUACAUGGACCAGUGUAUCCGCUAUGAGGAUUACUACGAGGCGCAUGAUAUUAACAACACUUAAUCUGGCUUAUUAUAUGUAUACUAAAUCAAGCUAAAUAUUUGUACGCUGAUACUAAAUCAAGCUAAAUAUUUGUACGCUGAUACUAAAUCAAGCUAAAUAUUUGUACGCUGAUACUAAAUCAAGCUUAAUACCUGUUAGCUGUUAUCAGAGCAUGCUUAAUACUUGUGAACUUAUACCUUUCUAGCUACACUUAUACUGAAGCAAACUAAGUACCAACAAACUAAUACUAAAUCUAUCUAAAUAUAUGUAAACUGAUACUAAAUAGAGACUGUUAUAAGAACACUGAUACUUAAAUAUAUGUAAACUGAUAGUGACUCAAGAGAAGUAUAAGUAAACUGACCCUAAAUCAGGUUAUGUAUAUGUAAAAUGAAAGUAAAUUGAGAUAAAUAUAUGUAAACUGACAAUACAUGGAACCAAAGUUUUGUACACUUUACUGAUACACUGAAAUUAAAAAGAUGUAGGCUGAUAUCUCAUCAAGCUAACGGUGAAUAAGCAGAUACCACAUCAACUCUAUGUCUGUAACUGAUAUCCUUUGGAAGAAAAGAAUGUAUCUUAACAAAAUUAUAUCAAACUUAGUUUGAUUUAAUUUGUCUUUUGCAAGUAACGAAAUUUAUACAACAUCCGCCAUGUCUCUUUUGCGCCAGCUUAAGCUUUCGUAGCGUGUAGUCCUAUCAAGCUUAAACUCCAUAGAAUCAUUUUUCCUAAAGAAAUUUGUCUAAUGAAAUAUAUAAGACUCUAUUUGAUCAGAAGUAAUGAAACGUGUAUGACUUCUCAUGCGACCUAGC